GUGAACAUUAAUACCCGCCCUCCAGUCGCAAGCAGUGCCCCUCCUCCUCCCGUCUCCGGGUCGGUCGUCUCAGCCAAUCCCCGUAAAACGGCAGCUGGGUCCGGGGUCUGGCCACGCCCUCUCCCCCCCCCUGCCCCAGCCUCGUUCUGGAAACGCUCCAACAUUAUAAAUCCAUUGUCCGGCACGCUCACACACAGUCUGCGGUGGGUUCCUAGUGUUCGCCAAGUAACGUCCCUGCUCGUCGUCUUUCAACAUUAGCAGUCACAAUGAGGGAAAUCGUGCACAUCCAGGCCGGCCAGUGCGGUAACCAGAUCGGUGCCAAGUUCUGGGAAGUGAUCAGCGAUGAGCACGGCAUCGAUCCCACAGGGACUUACCACGGAGACAGUGACUUGCAGCUUGACAGGAUCAGUGUUUACUAUAAUGAGGCCACAGGAGGUAAAUAUGUGCCUCGGGCCAUUUUGGUGGACUUGGAGCCUGGCACCAUGGACUCUGUGAGGUCUGGACCCUUUGGGCAAAUCUUCAGACCUGACAACUUUGUGUUCGGUCAAAGCGGUGCUGGAAACAACUGGGCCAAGGGUCACUACACAGAAGGAGCUGAGUUGGUGGACUCAGUCCUGGAUGUGGUCCGCAAAGAGUCAGAAAGCUGUGACUGUUUGCAGGGCUUCCAGCUCACCCACUCGCUUGGUGGUGGAACUGGAUCCGGUAUGGGAACCCUGCUCAUCAGCAAGAUCCGUGAGGAGUACCCCGAUCGUAUCAUGAACACCUUCAGUGUGGUGCCUUCCCCCAAGGUUUCCGACACAGUGGUUGAGCCUUACAAUGCUACCCUGUCAGUCCACCAGCUUGUAGAAAACACAGAUGAAACCUACUGCAUUGACAACGAAGCUCUUUACGACAUCUGCUUCCGCACUCUCAAACUGACCACACCCACCUACGGAGACCUUAACCACCUGGUGUCUGCUACCAUGAGUGGGGUCACGACCUGCCUGCGUUUCCCUGGUCAGCUCAAUGCUGAUCUCCGAAAAUUGGCUGUCAACAUGGUGCCUUUCCCCCGUUUGCACUUCUUCAUGCCUGGCUUUGCCCCCCUGACCAGCAGGGGCAGCCAGCAGUACCGUGCCCUCACAGUUCCAGAGCUCACCCAGCAGGUGUUCGAUGCCAAGAAUAUGAUGGCCGCAUGCGACCCACGUCACGGCCGCUAUCUGACUGUCGCCGCUGUGUUCCGUGGCCGCAUGUCCAUGAAGGAGGUUGACGAGCAGAUGCUCAACGUGCAGAACAAGAACAGCAGUUACUUCGUCGAAUGGAUUCCCAACAACGUCAAAACCGCUGUCUGUGACAUUCCACCCCGUGGCCUCAAGAUGGCCGUCACUUUCAUUGGCAACAGCACAGCCAUCCAGGAGCUGUUCAAGCGCAUCUCCGAGCAGUUCACAGCCAUGUUCCGUCGUAAGGCCUUCUUGCACUGGUACACAGGUGAAGGUAUGGAUGAAAUGGAGUUCACUGAAGCAGAGAGCAACAUGAAUGAUCUGGUGUCUGAGUACCAGCAGUACCAGGAUGCCACUGCUGAGGAAGAGGGUGAAUUUGAGGAGGAGGCUGAAGAGGAUGCUUGAAGAUAAAAAUGUGAAGGUCAAGACAUCAAUGCCAAAACGAAAAAUAAUCAAAAAGGAACGACCACAACAGUAACAAAGGAACCAACAUAGUGUUAAGAGCAUAACUAGAAUCGAACUUUAGUGUACAUUAGAUAUCCCUUGUCAUUCACUGCGAAUAAAGUUGUCAAUAAAAACUUGUUUACCUUUCA